AUGGGGGGCGACCCGUCUCGGAGGAAUCAAAACUUGUACUGCACAUACCACAGAGAUAAAGGGCACACCACCGAGCAGUGCCGGGUAUUAAAAGAUCAUCUGGAGCAACUAAUGAAGGCAGGAUAUUUGAAAGAGUUCGUAAUGGAUUCCGGUAACCGGGAUGCCGGCCAUGGUGCUCAGCAAAAAGGGAACCCCCUCCCGCUGCCAUUGGGAGUGAUCGAGGUCAUCCAUGCUGCCCCGAAGGGUGGAGCCAUAACCAAAAGAGGAUUGUUAACAGUGAUGCCCAAAGAAACCUGUACAGAAAGACAAUCACUCGGAAAGAGGAUGAAAGUUGGCCGGCUGGUAAUUUCUUUUGACGAGGAAGAUUUGGAGGGAACGAUCCAACCCUAUGAUGAUGCAUUGGUAGUAACAACGCGGAUAAGCGGCUUCUUAGUGAAAAAGGUGAUGAUAGACCAGGGAAGCGGAGCCGAUGUAAUGUACCCAGAUUUGUUCGAGGGGCUCGGAUAA